AUGCGAACGAAAUUUAUCGCUGCGGUUUUAGUCGUUUGCCAAAUUCGAGUGUCGCUCUCUGUUGUCGCCACAGGACCAAAAGUUGACAAGAUUUCACCGUCAUUUGGUAGCGUCAGAGGUGCAACUAAAAUCAGAAUAGAAGGGUCAGGAUUCAGCCGGAAUCCUUUCAAUUUUGGUCGUGGAAAUGAACACCGUGGCAACAAGGUAUUUUUGGUAUCAAAGACGUCAUCGAUCAGAUGUGAUGUAAAUACGUAUUAUUCAACUGAUACUCGUAUCGUCUGCGAUACAAGGAGAGCAUCCCCAGGAAGCUAUACAAUCCGUGUGGCGGUCGACGGAAAAUUCAUAGAAGAUAUUGGGGGACAAUAUUGUGACGAUAUGGACGAUUGCAUUUUCACGUAUUCCGUAGCGGACUGGUCGCCGAAGAUUUUGUCAAUAACACCAUCGAGUAUGGUGCCAGGAACUAUUCUGGAUGUCAGAGGUCAAAUCUUUACUGACAAAUAUUUUCAAAAUGACGCAGAAAAGGACGAGGAUGCUCCAAGCAUUUUAAGAAUCUAUAAUACAGGCCAAGAAUGCAGCUUGUUAUACACAGAUGAAAAUGGGAAAAAACAACUAUAUGGUAUCACACUUGAUAGUGAUAGUACUUGGGGUAAUUUCCAGUGUCGUCCAGGAGGCACAUUUAUUGGCUCACAGAAUGUAUCUAUGAUUGUUUCUGGUUAUGGACGUUCCUUGGCUUUACCUCAGUUGUUGAAAGUCAGUGCACAAAAUAAGCUGUACAUGUUUCAGACUCAUGCAGAAAUCAUCUCUGUUAAUCCAAGUACUGGCAGCACUGAAGGUGGAACUCAUUUGACAAUUACUGGAAAACAUUUUGAUACUGAUUCUACAGUUUUAGUAGGAGGAGUUCCUUGUAUCAUUGAUGACAUCACCACAACUAGCAUCACAUGUGUGACUGGAGCCCAGGCUGCAGCACAGUCACCAUAUCCUGGAAAUAGAGGACUACUCCGGGAGGUAUGGACUGGCACCACUGUCAACAUUAUUAGUGAGAUUGCAACCCUGGAUGAAUCGUCACCUGGAUACUUUGAUGAGAUUGUUGUUGAUGGAUCCAGUGAGUCUGGUUCUGAUGCCGGUGACAAUUAUGUCUCCAGAUUGAGUGGAUAUUUUGUGGCUCCUUAUGACAGUGACUUUACAUUCUUCAUCGUAGCCGAUGAGGAGGCUCAACUCUACUUCAGUGAGACUGAGAAUAGGAGUGAUAAGCAACUGAUUGCCUCCUGUUCCUCACCUACAUCAGAUUGGUUUAGUUUUGAUGAACAGAAAUCUGAAUUAUUCUCCCUUACUGGUGGCACUAAGUAUUAUAUUGAAGCAUUGCAUAGGGAAUACUCUGGUGAAGGCUCUGUGAAGAUAGGGGUCUUGGUUGAUGAUACUCCAUUUGUACAUAGCCAGAUUGAAUCUGCUGUGAAUGAAUUUCAGAAAAUACAAAUAACAUCUGUGACAAAACCAGAGAUACAGAGUGUCACACUCUUCACGGAAGAUGUGUUUCAAUUUGUGUAUGACGGGAUUAAUUCAGAUCCUCUGUCAAUAUUAUCUGAGGCUGCCGAGAUGCAAAGUGCCCUACUCAAAAUGUUCAGUGUACAAUGUCUAGAAACCCAGAGAGCUCCAACUUGGUUCCUAGAUGAUUUUGAAAAUGAUGUUGGCCUACAUGAAACUGGUGAGAGAGUUCAAGACGAAGAACCAUUUUGUGGACAGACCUCUUUGAAGAAUCCAACCGAUGUAUAUGUAGCUCCUGAUGAAGAUGGAUUUCCUGUUUCAGUGUAUAACACUUUCUGUUUUGCUUACAGAGGGGCUAUCAACCCACACUUCAAACUAAAGUUGACAUGGACCGAUAGGUAUUCAAAACGUAAAAAGCGUGAUGGAUGGUAUUAUUUUGGCGAUGAUUUUGUUGUGCCUUCUGAUGCAGAUCAGUGGUUUCAUACUUGUGUUGAUUUAGAAGAUAUAUUGCAAGCCGGUUCUAAACUCCCAAGGGAAGUCGCCUUUUAUAUUUUGUCUAUAACUUUAAAAGGAGAAUACGAAGAAGAUUUCUAUGUUGACAACAUAUUCAUUGGUUCUGGUCGUGUAAGCUACCUUAUCACAUCACCUGCUGCAAAACCGAAUGGAAUAUUUGUCUCAAAUGUUAACGUCGAAAAAAUCAACAAUGCUUUUGACAUUGUUAUGUUCCCAGAAAAAUGUGGAUUUGAUUUUCCAUUAUUUGGGAUAAGAGAUGUUGGUAUUAUCUCUGGGAGUAGAGAUGCUGAUAGUGACUAUGUUGAGUACUGUACCAGUGCUGCUUGCGGUGAUGGUGCUGAUAUUGUCAUUAAUAGGGAGCAGUCUGCAACACCGCCAGUUGGUGGUACAUUCCAGAUUGAACUUGAUGGCAAAAGAGCAGUAGUCCCAGCUGAUGCUACAGAAAGUGAUAUGCAAGAAAUAUUUGACAACAGUUUUGACAUUGGUGUGUCUGUGGUAAGAACUGAUACAUGUGCUGGCUACACUUGGACUAUAGAAUUCGUCAAGGCUGGUGGAAAUCAUCCUCCUAUGAGUGUUGACAACAGUGGUUUAACUGGCUUGGAUGUAGAAACUGUGACAGAAACAUUGAGUGAUGGUGGAUUAUACCUGUUUCCAAUUCCUGGUGAUUAUCUGAGAACUCGAGAUGAGACUCCUCAAGUAACUGUCAGUGUCAACCAGAUUCCUUCUACUUGUACUGGAGAUUGUAGUUUUGAAUUCUUGGCUGACCUUGCACCGCAAGUGACCGGUAUAUCUCCAGUUUCAGGUUCAGCCUCAUCAUCAACUGAAGUGACUGUCCUAGGAGUUGGAUUCAGUGGAACCACAGAUGACAAUAAAGUCACCAUUGGUGGUGUGAACUGUGUUGUUACAAAUGCUUUAGACACAAUGAUAAUGUGCCUGAUUGGUGAAGCUCCUGGCGGUACUCAAGAUGUAGUAGUGUAUGUUGCACCAGAUGGUUUAGCCACACACCCUAGUGGCACUGUGCAAUUCCAGUAUGAAGUGGGAAUUACUGAUGUCAAUCCAUCUAGUGGCAAUACUGGGGGAGGCUUGGAGAUUACAAUUACAGGUUAUGGAUAUUCAAAUAAUGUUGAUGAUUUAAUAGUACUCAUUGGUGGCGCACUCUGUGAUGUGACAUCAUCAAGUCAAAAUACCAUAAUAUGUAUAUUACCAGCUGGGGUUGCAGGCAGUGUGGAUGUGAGUGUCAGUAUUAGUGAUGUAUCAGCUACCAGUGUGAAUGGUUUUCAAUACGAUGCCAGUCCCACUCCAUCUAUCACACAGUUGAGUGUCACCCAGAGUAAUGUUGCAGGUGGUGCAACAUUGGUUGUGAGUGGUACAGGAUUUGGUACAGAUGAGGCAAGUAGUGAUGCUCUGAAGAUUGGUGAUGUUCCAUGUCAGCUAAUAUCCUAUUCUGAUAACACAAUAGAGUGCAUAUUACCAGCCCAAUCACCUGGUGUAUAUGAUGUCAGACUUUAUGUUGAUAAUGUAGGAUAUGCAGAUUCUAGUGGUCCAGUUGACAGUGACGGGGAACUUUUCAUGAAAGGAGUUGUUAUUGUCUCUGAUCCAGUAGCUACUGCUAAACCGCUAAGUCUAACUGUCAGUGGAUUUGAAGCUUUGCACGAGACCAACUCUGUCACUUCAUCAUCAUCAUCUGUCUGGCUGCUGAUCCAUCCUGUGCUACUCCCCAGCCCAGUUGGUGUUGACAGCAGCAUAUUCUACUUUGUAUAUACUGGAUGCUAUACUCCAAUCAUUGACUCUGUGAAUCCUACUAGUGGUACCAGUGGUACACAAAUAACCAUUACUGGAGAAGGAUUUGCAACCACGCAAUGUGCUAACCAAGUCACUAUAGAUGGUCAUCCAUGUAACGUACAGUCCUGUACUGAGACCAUAAUUGUAUGUGAUAUAGAUACUGAAGAUGCAUUAACUGUUGGAGUUAAACAUCCCAUCACUGUACAAGUGGAGAACCAUGGUUUUGCUUUGAACCGUGGAUCAGCCACAUUUGAACUGAUUCCACACAUUGAUAGUGUUACUCCAGAUAGUGGAUCCAUAGCUGGGGGUGCCAGAGUUACUAUCCAGGGUAGUGGGUUCUCCAGUGAUGCAGCAGUUGUAGGAAUACCAUGUGAAGUUGAGUCUGUCGCAUACAAUGAAAUCGUUUGCAUCACUUCACCAAAUUUAGGAGGAGUGUUUAAUGUUUCCAUAAUAAUUGGCUCGACUACAAGUGAAUGUCUUGGCUUGUGUUUGUAUGAGUUCUCAAAUGCCACGACUCCUGUUGUGAGUACCAUCAACCCAACUGACAUCUUUGGAGCAAGUACAAGCUUGACAAUCACUGGAAUGGGAUUUGGUAAUGGAGUUGUGACUGUGACAGUUGGUGAGCAUGAUUGUUCAGUGCAGUCACUAACAGACAUUGAAAUAUCCUGUGAUAUUGGUUAUGUUCCAGUUGGUGAGCAUCAAGUUGAAGUCAACAGAGCUGAUCAAGGUAGUUCUGUAUUAGAAUUAGGGACUGAAACAAUAACAAGCAUUCCAGUCAUAGAUUCCAUUUCACCAUCAUCAGGAAGUAUUAAUGGAGGAUCACUAGUCACUGUAACCGGAAGUGGAUUCCAUGUAGAUGACACUUUGGUUGAUAUCGAUGGAACAGAAUGCAGUAUCCAGUCAAUAAUCAUCUCAGAAAUUGUGUGUAUCACUUCAGCCCAUGCUGAUGGUAGUGUUGAUCUCACAGUCACAUCUGGUGGAAUUGAAUACUCACCUGAAGUGUAUACUUUCUCUGCUGCCCAGACCCCUGAAGUAACAGGACUGUCUCCAUCUAAUGGUGGUAGUGGGACAACUAUUACAAUCACUGGUACUGGAUUCAGUUCCACAUCAUCUGAUGUUUCAGUAACAUUUGAUGAUGUUACAUUUGCUGGAAAAGGUCAUGCCACAUCUAAUUCUCACACAUUUGAGUACAACUUGAUGAUUGCAUCUACUUCUCCUGCUACCUGUAGCUUUGGUGGUGCUUGUACCCUUGUAGUCACUGGUGAUGGUUUUGAUGAUGAAUACACUGUGGUAACCAUUGAUGGCAAUAAUUGCCCUAUUAGUAGUGUUACAGCUACAAACUUACAGUGUGAAAUACCUGCCAACAACAAUCUUGCACUUGGUACAUAUACCUGUGAUAUACAAGUGUCCAUUUCAACAAGUACAGCUGUAGCCAUUGAAUCUAAUGCACUGACCUAUGAUAGCUCUAUCACACCCAUUAUAACGUCAGUCAGUCCAAGGAGAGGUGGUACAGGUGGUGGAACUCCUAUUACAAUUACUGGAUCUGGAUUUCGUGAUGGUGAGAACACCGUUACCAUAGAUGGAAGUUUGUGUGUGAUAUCAUCAGAAAGCACCUCUGAGAUCAUCUGUGAAACUGAACCCAAUUCUAGAAGUAUUGAAACUAAAGUAAGAGUUCUGGUAAAUGGUGACGGGAUAGCAACACAGGAUGAUGCUGAUUUUGAAUAUGUUGAUUUGUGGUCCAGUACAUGGACUUGGGGAGGAAAUCCCUUGCCUAUUGAGGGUGACUUUGUUGUCAUUCAACAGGGACAGCGCAUAGUGUUAGAUAUUGACACCCCUGUCUUAAAGAUGAUACUAAUUCAAGGUGGUGCUUUAAUCUUUGAUGAAGCUGAUUUAGAACUGAAAGCUGAAAAUAUCUUAAUUACUGAUGGUGGUCUUCUACAAGUUGGAACUGAAGAGGAACCAUUCCAGCAUAAAGCAAUAAUUACCAUGUAUGGUAAUGUUCGAUCGGUUGAGAUGCCGAUUUAUGGGGCUAAAACUCUGGCUGUUAGGAAUGGAACACUGGAUCUUCAUGGCAUUCCCAUUCCCGUGACUUGGACUUACUUGGCUGAAACAGCUCCAGCUGGAGCAACUCAGAUAACAUUGAUGCAAGAGGUUACUUGGCAGGUUGGUGAUGAAAUCGUUAUUGCUACUACAAGUCGCAUGGAUAGCGUGUUUGAAAAUGAACAGCUGACCAUUACAGCUGUAUCCAAUAAUGGUCUGACUAUAGAAUUCCAGCCUGCAUUAGAAUAUGAGCACAUCUCAAUGGAAGAGACAAUAGAUGGUGUAGUUUUAACAACUAGAGCAGAAGUAGGUUUACUAACACGCAAUGUACUUGUUAGAGGAUCUGUGCACAGUCAAUGGAAUGAUGUUAUUGAAGCUUGUCCUGAAGAGUUUGAUACAGAUCAGUUUGCCACUCAGACAUGUAUCCAAGGUAGAUUUGGUGAAGAGACUGGCAGUGACAGUUUUGGCAUUCAAAUUAAACUUGGUGCUAAGGAGCAGGAUGCAAACUUGGUUACUGGAAGAAUUGAAUACAUUGAAGUAACACAUGCUGGUCAGGCUUUUCGCCUUGGUCGUUACCCGAUUCAUUUCCACAUGAGCGGUGAUGUGUCUGGUUCCUAUGUCCGUGGAUGUGGUAUUCAUCACACAUUCAAUCGUGCUGUGACCAUACAUGGUGUACGUAAUCUGUUAGUUGAACACAACGUAGCAUUUGAUAUUAUGGGUCAUGCUUAUUUCAUGGAGGAUGGCAUAGAAACUAACAAUAUUAUACAAUAUAACUUGGGUAUCUUUGUAAGGGCAACUUCUAGUUUACUCAAUGGUGACAUAACACCGGCUGUUUUCUGGGUUAGCAAUCCGGAUAAUAUUGUUCGACACAACGCUGCAGCUGGGAGUACACAUUUUGGUUUUUGGUAUAAAAUGCUUGCACAUCCUGAUGGCCCAUCUUUUACUUCCACAAUAUGCCCAAGGAACAUCCCAGUAAAAGAGUUCAAGAACAAUACAGCGCAUUCCCUAGGGUGGUAUGGACUAUGGGUUUUCCCAGAAUACACACCGAUGGAAGGCGGUACAUGCAGUUCAAAAACACCAACACUUAGUCAUUUUUACGACCUGACUUCAUGGAACAAUGAACAAGGAGCCGAAGUUGUUCACUCUGGUCCUGUGCAGCUGCAUGAAUUUGUGGUAUUCAACAAUGACAAGGCUGGAAUUGUAAUGGGUGAAGUGAGCGGUGGUUAUGUUGAUGGUCCUAUGGUGAAAGAUUCAGUUGUCAUUGGUCAUAGCAGCAUUAUCAAUGCAUCAGCAUCAUGUACUAUUGCAGGGAUAAAAACACCCAAGUCAGCUUUUUUGACUGUCGAUGGCGUUAAAUUUAUCAAUUUUGAUGAGGACCGUUGUGCAGCUCUGAGAGCCUGUGCACAUUGCAAAACCCGACAAGGAGGAUGGAAAACUAAAUUUCAGAAUUUAGAAUUUUUUAACUCACCAAACAAAGUUGGUUUUCAGUGGGAGCAUGAAGCUGUAUAUGUUGAUUUGGAUGGUUCACUGACUGGCAGUGCUAAUUAUAUUGUAACCCCUAAUAAUGGUCUUCUUCCAUCCGAUCACUGUGAUGCCACUGAUCUAGCAUUCAACAUGGGUACUUCACCAGGGGCUGUGUGUGAUAACUCUGUGAAAAUACAUCGUUUCGCAUUCAACCGUCCCACUUCCUCUUUGCUAUACAAAGGUGUUAACUUCAUAAAUGACUAUGGCUCAAGCAUCGUCCCAUAUGAAAAGGUGCGUCUCACUCACUUAAAUGGUUGGAUGAUUACUCUGGUAGAUGGAAAGAAUUACAACAUGGUAUGGGAAGAUGCUGAACAACUCACAAAUAUCUCAUACGUUGGCACUCUCUAUAAUAUGGAACCUACUGAUUAUGUUACUAUAAGUCACUCUGUUGCACAAACUCCUGACCGCUUCUCUAUUCUUGGUCAUAUGGCUGACACUACUGAAAAAAUGGUGACCUAUGAUGAUAAUGACAAUGGUGACUUCUACUUUGAUAAUGCUACUCAUUCUGUGUCAUAUCUGUUAUCUGGUAAAGGAGGGUCUGAAGAAGUUAACCGUGAUGUUACCUUCAAUGUGUACCGUUGUCUGUACCCAGACUGUAUUACACCAGUACCCCAGCCACCACCUGAAGCACGUCCUACCAAUGCAAUCCUGUGGUCUGACGUUGCUUCCUGGGCUGGUGUGGAAGAUGGUUGGGGUGGAAGUAAUGGUGUAUUACCUGCUGAUGGUGAUGAUGUCAUGAUCUUACCAGAUACUUGGAUUGUUGCUGAUGUAAAACUGCCCUAUAUGAAUAAGCUGUUCAUCUAUGGUACCUUAGAGAUUGACGACACUAUGAACAACAUGAUAAACGCUACUUACGUUUUCAUCCGCGGUGGACGUUUAGUUGUUGGUUGGGAAGAUGCACCAUUUGAGCAUAAUUUCAGAUUUCUCUUACAAGGAAACCACCUGACUCCAGACAUAGUUUUGCCCAGUGGACCUAACUUGGGAUCCAAAGUUAUAGGUGUCUUUGGUGACUUAGAUCUUCAUGGAAAAGAACCUAAUAUCUACUGGACUCAUUUAGCUGCUACUGCUAAUGUUGGUGAUGAUAUAAUAACAAUGGAAGAUGCAGUGGACUGGAAAGUUGGAGAUGAAAUUGUCAUAGCACCAACAGACUAUGAGCCUUUCCAUACGGAGAUAUUUACUGUCUUGAACGUCAUUGAUAAUUAUACGCUGCAACUUGAUAACAGUUUGCAGUACACACAUCUUGGUGUAAGUCAUACUCUUGCCGAUGGAUCCUGGUCCUACACACUAGCAGCUGAAGUAGGAUUAUUAACACAUAAUAUUGUGAUUGAAGGUGCAGAUAACCCAGCUGGUACUCUAUUUGAUGAGUCGUUUGGUUGUCGGGUAAUCGUUGGGAGGUUUAUGGAAGAAGGCAUAAAUUAUGUGGGGAAUGGUAGAAUUGAAAAUGUGGAAUUUAAGAAUUGUGGUCAAGAAGGUUGGCCUGAUUACUCUGAUCCAAGGUAUGCCUUGGCAUUCCGAGAUGUUGGUGAUAUAAUCCAGAAUUCAUCCUACAUCCGAGGCAAUAGUUUCCAUCAUGGUUUCAAUACUGGUAUUGGUGUGUAUACAACGAAUGGACUGAAUAUAGAAAACAAUGUCAUACACCAUACUGUUGGUGCAGGUAUCAUCGUUGCUGGCAGUGACAAUCGCUUAGAACAUAAUUUGGUAACUUUAACAAUAUUUCCUGGUACAUAUCAAGAUAGAUUUGAGCCUGUGAAUCUUAUAUGGAUGGGUGGUAUUGAAGUAAACAAGGCAAUGAGGGUAGUCAUGAAAAACAACGCUGUUGGUGGCUCAGAGCGAGUUGGAUUCAAAAUCUCUGGUGAGCCAUGCUACUCUGAACCAGAUCCUGAAAACAAAUGGGAAGGCAAUGUAGCGCAUACAACUCUACAUGGUAUCCAUAUGUACUACAGUGAUGGCCUGACAGGAUGUUCCAAGAUCUCCAACUUCCUUGUCUAUCGAAGCUAUGACUUUGGAGUCUGGUUUCAUCCUCAGUGCAGUGUUAUGAUGUCUAAUUUAGUGCUUGUUGAUAACUACGCAAGUGUGAUGCCAAUGGUGUAUGGACCACCUGCACUCAGUCACCAGACUUCUGAUAAAUUUGUCAGUAUUGAUAAUUCUUUGUUUGUUGGUACAAGUCCAAGCUUUGAUUGCAGUACUGCUCAGUCAAAAUCUGAUGCUGUACAACAAUCCUUCACACAUCGUGCACCAAGAACUCCCUCCGGUGGCAAAUCUGGUUUCACCUGGGCUUCGUUCACCUCAACCACUUCAGGUGCACCAUUUUUCCGAUUUCAUGGAUUUGAAGGAUACCCCGCAAUUAGCGGCAAGACAAUGAUAACAGACGUCACAUUCUCCAACUUCGGUAGUGCUUGUGGAAAAACAGAUGUUGCUAUUAUCACAAAUCCUCUCAAUGGUGAUGCUAUGCAUCCAAUCUUUAUGAAAGGGGCAAAGUUUGUGGACGUCCUACCCACAUCAAAAGUUUUUAUACAUUGGCCAUCUUUAGGUUUUGUAAAUCCAGCAGAUUGUGUAGACAUGGAUUGUGAUGGAAAGAAGAAAGCCAUUAUCAAAGAUCUUGAUGGUGGAUUGUUGGGGACACCAGGAACAGUGAUACCAAAGUCUGAAUAUGAAUGGGAUGGUGAUAGAAGACAUGGAGUUGGUGAUUACCGUAUUCCAUUACCUCUGCUGACCAAUCUAGAUGGAAGUCGUAAGAACAUUGAUGAUGUAGCACCAAAAAAAGGUAUUAUACGGAAUGAUGAGUGUGUAUAUCAUGAUGACUGGCAUGCCUAUGAAUGUCAUGAUUUAGACUACAUUAUGAUGGUAAUUGAGAGUAUGGAUGAAGAUACCGAAACACGACGUGUAUCACCAAUUGGUCUUGUAGCUGAUGGUUACAUAGAUUUAAUUAAUGGACCCAUGGAUCAAGGAUGGUGUCUUGGGUACACGUGUCAGGAACGCAUUAGCACCUUCUAUACUAUUGUUUCCAGUGGAAAGAUUUAUGACAUGGCAUUCACUGACACUAAUCCUCAAAACCUUCGUUUUCACCUCCUGAAUGCUGAUGAUGAUGAAACUGUGCGAAUUGAUCUGUGGGGAGCAAAUUCACAACGUUUAGAUGUCUACCGCAAUGAUGCGUAUAUUGCACCAACAAAUGCUAAGUUGUCUGGCUCUUCCUUCACCUGGUUACCCAAGAAUCCUUCUCUUCCUGAUGACCAGUAUCUCCCCAUGCUAGGUGGUCCGAGUGGACAAAAUUUUCAUGACAAAAAGAUUCAAACUCUGUAUUUUCUGAUCCGUGGAUCUGAUGUAAUAGAAGUUCGCCUUAGUCCUGUAAUAAUUGUUGCAUUCGGUAUUGAUCCUGUCCAUAUUGAUGACUUCUUUGAGACUAACUUGAUUUCAAACCUCGCUAACAUGUUCGGUAUCAGCACAGAUCAAAUCCGGGUAGUUGACAUUGUCAGACAGAGCAAGAGACGUCGAAGAGCUGUAGAUCCUGCAACUGUGACUGUGGAAAUUGGUGAUCCCCCAACAUCAAGUAUUGAUUCAUUCAAUUCCAAUUAUACUGGUCUCAAUGAUAGUUUAUCAUUUGAGGAAUUAGAAGAGAUAGCAUCCACCCUUGUAAAUGAAGGUCAGAGUGGUGGAUUGGAUAAUGCAUUGGGUGUAGAAGUAUUAACAUUAUCAGUCACUGAUCCAGUAGCACCCGCAGUAGAUUCAACUGGUGGUGUGAGAGCAACAAAUGAAACUGGUGGGCCAGCUGAUGGAGAUGUCAGGUAUGAUGAAUUGGCUAAAAAAGCUGAUGAUGAGAUUGCUCUGAUAUAUCAAAUUCCUAAACGAUUGAAUAUUUACCAUGAAAUCUCAGGAGCCUAUGAAGGAGCAAUUUUUCAACAGCAACCAGUCAUUAAUGCUCUUGAUGCUCUGGGUGACAACGUUGAGAACCUCGGUCAUAGUUCAUCACCAUGGCAACUGAGUGUAUCACUAAGACCUAACAUAGGUGAUACCAGAGCACAGUUGCUUGGUAAAACCAGUGUGGUAUUUGUUAAUGGAUAUGCUAGUUUCACCAAUUUAGCCAUCACACAUGCCGGAGAUUACAUCCUAGACUUCGUCAUCACUGUCCCAGAAAACACAACAUUAGGUGUUGUUUCCAUUUCAUUCACUGUAUCCAAUCGUCCAUACUCUCUGGGUGUUGUAGCUGUUCCUGAUUCUGCUUAUGAAGGCGAGUUAUUCACACCACAGCCUAUCAUUGAAAUUGUUGAUGUCAUCCUAGGUGAAACUGCAGAAGAUAUUUCAUGGAAGCCUAUCAUUGAAAUUGUUGAUGUCAUCCUAGGUGAAACUGCAGAAGAUAUUUCAUGGAAGGGUCACACAUGGACAUCACACAUCAAGUUGUUCAUGCCUUCAUUGUAUCUGGGCAAUCUUAAAGGAGAUCUGUCUGUCCCUGUCCAAGCAGACACCUCACAGGCUGCAUACUCUGAUUUAUACAUUGAUACAUAUGGCAAGGACUAUAUUCUUGAAGUGACAGUGACAUCCAGUCCAGCUGACUAUGAACUAACUGUUGUAUUGUCAAGCUUUGAUGUGAUUGAUCCUGGUGCACCUAUUCUAUCUGGCACCACAAAGAGUGUGACGUUGACAUUUGAUGAGAAUUACAAAAGUGUAGUUUCCGGUUUAGAAACUUACUUUGCUAUAAUGUUUAUCAACCAUAUGAAUGCAAGAUAUACAAAUGUGAUAGUGAGCAAUGUCCAGCUUUCUGAAGGGAGUAUAGUGGUUACAUUUGAUGCAACAGGCUCUCCAGAUGACUUGGAUAAUACUCUUAUUGUAAUGUGGGAAGAUGUGAAAAAUGGGCUGAUAUUAACGUUCAAUGGGACUGAAUUAGUUGCAAUGGAAACCAUGCAGGUCAAUGGGGAGGAUUACUAUGGCACUAGUCUAAAGACUUUAUCAGAAUCAUAUGCAUUGGUCAUUGUUUUAUCCAGCUUGUUUGGUUUUAUAGCUGUUUUUACUAUUGGUGUUUGUAUCUAUCUUAUCUACAAGAAACAACACUCGGGCAAAGAUGUGGUGCAGGCUGAAUCAAUCCCAAUAACAGAUAAAUUCCCAGAUAAGAGAACAAUUUCCGAAAGAUUACUGGGGGAUAAUACCAGUGAUUGUAGUAGUGAGUCUGGUAUAGCAAGUACUCCUGAAACAUUUGAAUUUACCAAAGAGGAUUUUGAGAGCAUGAACGUAUCAAGCAGACCAGUCAGUGCCAUGUCUGCGCGAUCUGGUUUCAACACACCAAUCAGAUCUCCAACUAUUAUAGUUGAGUCUCUACCACCUGGUUCCGCCACACCCUCUGGUAAUCAAGAAACUGCACAAUUUGGUGGUGGAGGCGGAGUGUUGCUUGCUAUCAAGCUUGGUCUCCUACUUUUAAGUUUCACUCAGUUUGGCACAAAGGGAGUUUGGCUUCAUAAUUCAGAGUAUUAA